AUGCCCUUUGGUGAAAUCGUAUGUGGUGCACCCGGGAGUGGCAAAUCUACAUACUGCUACGGAAAACAUCAGCUGUUUACUGCACUAAAUCGCCCAAUAUCUGUAGUGAACUUGGACCCAGCUAACGACAACAUCCUCUAUCCUUGCGCAAUUGACGUCUCAUCUCUCAUAACACUGCAGGAUGCCAUGAACGAGCACGGUUUGGGCCCUAACGGCGGGAUGCUGUAUUGUAUGGAAUAUCUAGAAGCCAACGUUGACUGGUUGGAGGAUCGCUUGAAUGAACUCGGGAAGGACGCAUACGUCUUGUUCGAUAUUCCUGGCCAGGUAGAAUUGAGUACAAAUCAUGACAGCCUGAAGAGAAUUGUAGCGAAACUGAUAAAGAUUGGCUUCCGGUUGGCUGCAGUCCAUCUUUGUGAUGCACACUACGUGACGGAUGCGUCAAAAUACAUAUCAGUUCUCCUGCUGUCCCUGAGGACUAUGUUACAUCUCGAGUUGCCUCAUAUCAACGUAUUAUCCAAGAUUGAUCUGAUAGCUCAGUACGGAGACUUAGAUUUCAAUCUCGAUUUUUAUACUGAAGUACAGGAUCUCUCAUACCUGGAGAAUGCAUUAACAGCGGCGACACCACGUUAUGCGGCCUUGAACAUGGCACUAGUAUCUUUGAUAGAAGACUUUAGUCUUGUCGGUUUCGAAACCUUGGCUGUCGAGGACAAAAACUCGAUGCUUCAUCUUGCUCGAGCCAUUGAUCGCGCCACAGGCUAUGUCUUUAUCCCUUUACCCGACACAAAACCACCUCCUGGUGCAAUAGAUGAUCCAGACGUUUCUUCUGCUGUGCGCCCGAAUACUUAUUCGCUGCUUUCAACAGCAGCAGGGCCAAUGAGAGAUUUUGGGAGCAAUGUUCAAGACGUUCAAGAACGGUGGGUAGAUGCAAGAGAGCAAUAUGACGCCCAUGAAAAGGCGCAGUGGAGACGUGAAGGAGAGAUUAGUAGAGAAGAAGCUGUAAAGAAAAAUAACUUGAAGAUAAGGGAGAGAAAUACUCCAAAUAGUCGGGCGGUUGAUAGCUGAUGUAGUUUUAGCUUCUUAUGGAAAAAUUAUCAUCAGGUAUAUUCAUAUACAAGCAUACAGUACUUUAAUAGGUGGUAGUGUUUAUCCCAAUAACAUAGCUAUAGGUAAAAGCAACUAGAAACUUGUAAUAUUAGAUAGGCGAAUUGCGCGCUCAGAAAUCCAUUAGGAUUGCAACGCCAGUUGAAU